AUGCAGGUCCCAGCCAACAUCACGCAUGCAAAUUCUUCAUUUCCAAGCCCCACGUUCAAACCGUUCUGCGAUGAGCUACACAUCCCGUCCAUCACCUUUGAGGAUUUCCUAAACAAACCGGCAAAGAUUCCACAGCUACCCGGGUACGAGGAAGAGUCAGAUCCCGAACACUUUAUACACAGUGAGGAACACCUCGAAUCGCCUCAACAGAUCUCUUCAGUUUUGUAUUCUUCAUCACCUAAAGACGCUCAAGACCUGAAGCAAGGAGCUUCUGAAGCGCAGGUCUUCCCUAAUAAAUCUUUGCAGAGCUCGCUGGCUCCAGGCGCGUGGCAUAUAUGGACACUGGCAUCCAAAUUUUUCGCAGGGGGUAUAUUAAUCUUGAAUAUGUUUUUGUGUCUUUACAUGAAGCUUCAUCUACUAAAUAUGUUCGUCGAUGUCCUUGAUUACAGAUUAGCACCAAACACAAUCCCAUGGCAUUGUGAAACUUAUUUGCUGACAAGGCUAAGGCAAGGUAUGGACUCGGACGAGAUCACCUCUGUUCAGCAUACUUCCGAAAAUAUUGUCAAAUCAAUGAAAGAGCUAUGCCUCGAGAUGGACCGUCAAGCAAUUGACACAGUCCCCUUACAAGAAAUUUCAAGCUUACUGCGACUUCAACCAAACUUAAGGGGUUCUUUGGAGACUUCAGUGAUCCUCUGGGAUCUUUCAGAUUCUGUCAAUUUGGUCGGUGACAGGUUGCGUCAGCUACAUGGUAAAGGGCACACCAAGAUGGGGUUGCUCAUGCAAGAGGUGUUCUUGAACCAGCCACAUCUUCCAAGUAAAUUACACAUUCCUCAAGAAAUGCUUGAUCAAACUUUAUACAUCUUUACUCUUCUCAAAAAUAUUGCCAACUCGAUAAUCAACGAGAUUCGGUUGACAACAGAAGCCAAUCAGGUCGCAAAGCAAAACCUUUCCGAAAUUGAAAGGACUCUACGUGCAAGUCUCAAUUCCUGGAGCAUCUCGUAUUUCUCUGGAAGUUCGAAAUAUCGUGCAUCAGGCCUCCUCCUGAACUCAAUCAGAAGUUCACUAACUUCUGGCAAACACGAUAUGGCUCAAAGACGAAACGAACCUUUCAGGAACUCGGUUGAUGGAGGUGCUAAGCAGUGCCUUCUCUUGUUGAAUACACUCGAUGAACACAUAUGGAAUGGACAAGUAGAGAAACCCCUCUUAGGUACCACUAGGAAUCCAGUAUGA